AUGUCUUCAGAUUCGAAGAAGUCCUAUCUAGAUCUUGUGAAAGCUUGUGAUAACUUUCCAUACGAUGCAAACAUCGAUGAACUCUACAAACUAUACCUCCCAGACGAUGACCGGGUUCAUGGCUACAUGCUUCCCGAGAUCGUCUCCCAAAUGCCCUGGUCCCCCGAAUUCACCAUCACCCAAGACCCACCCCUAAGCGUCCAGCUGCAUCCUAUGGACAUCGCAUCAAGCGAUUACUCCACCACAUGCAACAACGCAUUCGCAAAAGUAAUCAACGAAGCAAUCGACAAGGACAUCUUCAGCACUCUCCACGGCGAACACAGCGAACCCUACGCCAUCCCAGGCGCCAAACAACCCGUGUACCUCGAGCGCUACGCCGCCUCACUCUUCGGCAUCAUAUCUCGGGGUGCACAUCUCACCAUCUACACCCGCAGCGCCGAAGGCGCAAUGAAAAUCUGGGUCGCAAAACGCAGCGCGCAUCUUUUUACCUACCCGGGGAAAUUCGACACCACGGUUGCAGGGGGCGUACGUGCAGAUGAAUCACCUUUCGAAACCAUCGUUCACGAAGCUGAUGAAGAGGCUUCGUUGUCUUCUGAGCUUAUCCGUGCGCAUGUCAAAUCCACGGGUGUGAUUACGUAUAUGAAGAGUAGUGGAGCGGGAUCGGGAGGGAUUAGGGGAUUGGUGACGGCGGAUAUGAUAUAUGUGUAUGAUUUGGAGGUUGGGGAAGCGACGAUCCCGACGCCGAGGGAUGAUGAGGUGGAGGGGUUUUACUUGUGGAGUGUGGAGAAGGUGAUGGAGGAGUUGGGGAAAGGGACGUUUAAGACGAAUAGUGCGGUGGUGAUGAUUGAUUUUUUUGUGAGGCAUGGGAUUUUGAGCCAGGAGAAUGAGAAGGAUUUUGCGGAGGUGGUUAUGAGAAUGCAUAGGAAGUUGCCGUUUCCGACUGCGGGGGAGAGUUAG